UCAACAAAAUUGUCAGUCAUAUUUAGUUACACAAUUUUUUCUUUCAAAUAAUAUUAUAUUAAUAAAAUUUGGUGAUAAUCUUCGAUCCUUAAACAACAAUUUGAAUUAACUGUAUGAUUUAUACGUCUAUAUCAAUAACGAUCAGUUGAUUCCUCCAUUUCCGCCGAGUGCUCGAUGCCAUAUUGACAAUUUGUAAAACCGAAAAGAGCAAAUAUUUAGGUAAAAAGUAUUUAAUUUUUUUAGUAAACAAUAAUUAAAAAGUGCUUAUAGUAUGACUUCAACAAGUGUGAAUAUUGGUAUAACUGGAAAUAAAAAUUCGAGUAGGGUCCUAAAACCACCAGGCGGUGGACAUACCGAUAUUUUUGGGAUUAAAGCUGCGUCUGAAAUAAAAAUCCAUGACAAACAACCAAAUGUUCAGGAGAAGAGCAACGAACCUAUUCUUGAUGAAAACACAAUAAUACCUCUUCAAGACUCUAAAAAUAAGGAUAAGAAAGAUAUACCAGAACCCCCAAGAAGAGUAAGAGUUCCUCCAGGUGGUUUUUCGUCUGGAUUGUGGUAAAAUUUCCCAAUAUGCAGUGUCAUUUAACGUAACGUUAUAUAUGUUGAAAGUUGUAGUUCUUCUUCGAAUUAGUUAACAAUAGAUUCAAGUUAACAAGCUUUGUCAAAAAUGUUGAAAUUUUAAUUCUGUGAAUAAUAAUUUUUCGGAACAAA